AUGCAUGAUACUGUGUUACUCAUAUUUAUAUUAUUAUUAUUAUCAAUAAUUCAUGUAAAUUCAUAUGGAUGUAGUUGUUCAUGCUGUACAGGUUCUGGUUGUUCAUUAGUAUAUUUGGGAGGAAUAAAUGUACAAACAUGUGCUAGUACAACAUGUUAUGAUACAUGUAAAGCAUCGUAUACAACAUGCUCAACUGGAUCAGUCAAUGCUGUUUGUUCAGCUACAAAUAUUUUUAAGUUUUAUAAAACUUCAUCUUUAAUUGUUUUUACAUUAAUAAUUAUUCUAACCCUCAACGAAUGA